AUGAAACUCCUGAUUUUGGCCGCUUUUCUUGGGCUGAGCUUUGCCCAGUUCAACCCAAACACUAAGUAUGGCAGAACAUCCAUUGUGCAUCUGUUCGAAUGGCGCUGGAAAGACAUCGCUGCAGAGUGUGAGCGCUACCUAGCACCAAACGGCUACGGAGGAGUUCAGAUCUCUCCUCCAAGUGAGCACAUCGUCCUCAACAACCCCUUUAGACCUUGGUGGCAGAGGUAUCAGCCAAUCGGCUACAAACUUUGCUCCAGAUCAGGAAAUGAAGCAGAGUUGACGGAUAUGGUUACUCGAUGCAACAAUGUUGGGGUGAACAUUUAUGUGGACGCAGUCAUCAACCACAUGUGUGGAUCAGGUGGUGGUGAAGGAACACACUCCUCCUGUGGUACAUGGUUCAGUGCCAACAGAAAGGACUUCCCCUCUGUACCCUACUCAGGCUGGGACUUCAAUGAUGGCAAAUGUAAAACUAGCAAUGGAGAAAUUCAGAACUAUCAUGAUAUCUAUCAGGUGAGAGAUUGCCGUCUUGUUGGACUUCUGGAUCUGGCUCUGGAGAAGGACUACGUCAGGGGGAAAGUGGCUGAGUACAUGAACAAACUGAUCGACAUCGGUGUGGCAGGAUUCAGAGUGGAUGCUUGCAAACAUAUGUGGCCUGGAGACCUGAGCAAUGUGUAUGGCAGACUGAAGAACCUCAACACCAAGUGGUUCUCCUCCGGUUCCAGACCUUUCAUCUACCAAGAGGUUAUUGACCUUGGUGGGGAGCCCAUCACGGCAUCUGAGUACACGGGACUGGGAAGAGUUACUGAGUUCAAAUUUAGUGCCAAACUGGGCGAGGUUGUCCGCAAAUGGAAUGGCCAGAAAAUGGCUUAUUUGAGGAACUGGGGAGAGGGCUGGAGUUUCCUGCCUUCAGAUAAAUCCCUGGUCUUUAUCGACAACCAUGACAACCAGAGAGGACAUGGGGCUGGUGGAGCUUCUGUUCUCACAUUCUGGGACUCCAGGAUGUAUAAGAUGGCUACAGGCUUUAUGCUGGCUCAUCCUUAUGGUGUAACCAGAGUGAUGUCCAGCUACCGCUGGGACCGCUACUUUGUGAAUGGCAAGGACCAAAAUGACUGGAUGGGUCCUCCAGCCUACUCUGAUGGUACCACCAAACCUGUGCCCAUCAACCCAGAUACCACUUGUGGAGACAACUGGGUUUGUGAACAUAGAUGGCGCCAAAUCAGGAACAUGGUUAUUUUCCGUAACGUGGUCAAUGGUCAGCCAUUUUCCAACUGGUGGGACAAUGGCAAUAAUCAGAUUGCUUUCAGCCGUGGAAACCGUGGUUUCAUUGUAAUCAACAAUGAUGACUGGGAGCUGAAUACGACUCUGAACACUGGCCUUCCUGCGGGCACUUACUGUGAUGUCAUCUCUGGAGACAAGUCUGGGUCCACGUGCACAGGUAAACAGGUGACAGUUGGCGGUGAUGGACGUGCCUCUAUCAGGAUUAGCAACAUGGAUGAAGACCCAUUUAUUGCCAUCCAUGCUGACUCUAAACUAUGAAAUGUUUA